CCCGGGGGUGUGAGGGGGGCCGCGCCCAGGGGCGGCAGAUCGCGGAUUUUAUCUUGGUAACCUUGACUCGUGUUCCGGGAAGGAGCUGGGAGCGUCCCUGGAGCGGCGGGGUAGCGAACACCUACGGUGGUGUCCCCGCUUCGGGCGGGGAUCACGUGAAAAUGAAGAAUUUAUACAUUUUUAUUGCUGUCCUGUUCAUCCCAUGGAGCUUUUCUGUGGCAAAGUAUGAUGAAUUUGAGGAUGGAGAUGACAUUAUGGAAUAUGAUGAUAAUGACUUUGCUGAAUUUGAAGAUGUGAGUGAAGAUACAGUCACAGAGUCCCCUCAGAGGAUCAUCACUACAGAAGAUGAUGAGGAAGAAGCCACUGUGGAGCUUGAAGGUCAGGAUGAAAAUCAGGAAGACUUUGAUGACGCAGACACACAGGAAGGGGACACCGAGAGCGAACCAUAUGAUGAUGAGGAGUUUGAAGGGUAUGAAGAGAAACCAGAUGCGUCUCACAGCAAAAAUAAAGACCCCAUAACAAUAGUUAAUGUCCCUGCCCACCUUCAGAACAGCUGGGAGAGUUAUUACAUGGAGAUCCUGAUGGUAACAGGUCUCCUGGCUUACAUCAUGAACUACAUCAUCGGGAAGAACAAAAACAACCGCCUGGCUCAUGCUUGGUUCAACACUCACAGGGAGCUGCUGGAAAGUAACUUUGCUCUUGUUGGGGAUGAUGGCACUAAUAAAGAAGCUACAAGCACUGGGAAACUAAAUCAAGAAAAUGAACACAUAUAUAACUUGUGGUGCUCUGGAAGGGUGUGCUGUGAAGGAAUGCUCAUCCAGUUAAAGUUCCUCAAGAGACAGGACCUGCUGAACGUCCUGGCGCGGAUGAUGAGGCCGGCCUCAGACCAAGUGCAAAUAAAAGUGACAAUGAAUGAUGAAGAUAUGGACACGUAUGUGUUUGCUGUUGGAACCAGAAAAGCACUGGUGAGACUUCAGAAAGAGAUGCAGGACCUGAGUGAGUUCUGCAGUGAUAAACCUAAGUCUGGUGCAAAAUAUGGGCUUCCAGAUUCGCUGGCUAUCUUGUCAGAGAUGGGAGAGGUCACGGAGGGAAUGAUGGACGCUAAGAUGAUCCAUUUCCUCACACACUAUGCUGACAAGAUUGACUCUGUCCAAUUCUCGGACCAGUUCUCCGGUCCAAAACUUAUGCAAGAGGAGGGCCAGCUUACAAAACUGCCCGAAACUAAAAAGACACUUUUGUUUACAUUUAAUGUGCCUGGUUUAGGCAACACUUCCCCAAAGGACAUGGAGUCUUUGCUGCCUCUGAUGAGCAUGGUUAUCUACUGCAUUGACAAAGCAAAGAAGUUCCGGCUGAACAGAGAAGGCAAACAAAAAGCUGACAAGAACAGGGCUCGGGUGGAAGAGAACUUCCUGAAGCUGACUCACGUGCAGAGACAGGAGGCUGCGCAGUCCCGCCGCGAGGAGAAGAAACGGGCGGAGAAGGAGCGGAUCAUGAACGAAGAGGAUCCCGAGAAGCAGCGUCGGCUGGAGGAAGCUGCUCUGCGGCGUGAGCAGAAGAAGCUUGAGAAGAAGCAGAUGAAGAUGAAGCAAAUCAAAGUGAAAGCCAUGUGACUGUGUUGUGAGAAGUGUCUCGGUGCCACUUGUGGAAUUGUAAUUCACGGGGUACAAAGACCUACAUAACUCCAUAAUCCUCUGAUUCGUUGAACACUAGUAACCAUUAAGAGAAAAGUUCUGGCAUUGGUGUUACUUAUUUAAGUAUUACAGCAAAAUGUGUGGAGAGCUUUGUCUCGGCAGUUCUGUUGCAGGUGGUACAAAGUUUUGCUACUUGUCUGUUAAAAAAAACCCCUUGCAAUAUUCUUGAAUGCUUUUUGUCAUUUGUUCUUUAAAAACAGGAGAUUGUAAACCUG